UCUAAUAAGAAGAUACAUUAUGUUGGUGGUGACGCUGAGUCAAUCAACAGAGACAGAAUACAAUAGCAAGCUCUUCUUUCCUCCACCAUCGAGUGCCCUAUACUUCACUCGAUUUCUUGCCAUGUCUGCUCACAAGACUUUCAGACUCAAGCCAGCCAAGAAACAAAAGCAAAAUCGUUCUAUUCCUCAAUGGAUUCAGAUGAAAACUGGUAUCAAAAUCAGGUAUGACUCCAAGAGAAGACACUGGAAAAUGAAGCUGGGUCUGUAA